GGGCCUGUUUGGAUGGCGGAGAAGAAGGGCGAUUUGUGAGCCGGCCGGAUUUGGACUCCAGGUCUCACUCAAAUCCGGUGUUUGGUUCAAAAUUUGGGAAGCCGGAGUAGAAUACUGUAGCGGCUUGAAAUCCCCCUGAAGGGGGAUUUGUGAAGAACGGGUUUGACCCCGUCGUUGGCAAAUCCGGGGAUUUUUGGGACGUUUUUACCCUUCCAAAUCCCCCUUGUCGAUCGUUUUUACUCCAUGAUUUCUCAGAUGAUUUGUUUUCUUUUCUGAAAACCAGAACAACGAAGAGAAGAAAGAGAGAGAGAGAGAGAAGAAAGGAGGUCGCCGAUCUACUCUGGUGACUCCACCGCCGUACUCCGACGGUUUGAACUCUCCCUCGUCUUCCUCCUCACGGACUGAGAUGGCAAGACUAACGAAACGUGAACGAAGAAAGAAGGCAAACCGUAAGACAUUGUUAGUAGUGUUAUGUAUGAUGAGAGUAGUGAAUACCGUUCUUCAACUUUACUUGUUAAUUACGGACUUGAUUGCCGAAAGACAUCGAGAAAAGCCUCAUCUUCGUGCCAAUCCUAAUUAUUACCAACAUCAAAUAGACGCUCUUAAUCGGUUGGUACGCCAGAGUGACACUACUUGCCACAACCAAUUGAGGGUAAAUAGGCAUACAUUCAUGACGUUGUGCCAUUUACUUACUCAAAAUGGGCUAGAGCCGUCUAGGAAUGUCACCGUUGUAGAGAAGGUUGCGAUUUUUUUGUGGAUCCUCGCGCACCAUACGAAGAAUAGGCGUACCAUUUUACAAUUUUGGAGAUCGGGAGAAACAAUUAGUAGGCAUUUCAACUCAAUUUUGAUCGCGGUAUUGCGCCUUCACAAUGUCUUGUGGUAUCAUCCUCAGCCUAUUCCUGCCAAUGAACCAGAUGCUAGGUGGAAGUGGUUUGAGAAUUGUCUAGGGGCUUUAGACGGUACUUUCAUACCUGUCCUUCCUCCAACCGAACACAAGGCACGCUAUAGGUCAAGGAAGGGUGACUACGCGACAAAUGUGUUAGGCGCUUGUAGUCGUAACCUACAAUUUGUAUACGCGUUGUCUGGUUGGGAAGGCUCAGCCACAGACUCAAGAGUGCUCGAGAAUGCCUUGAUAAGGCCUCACGGGUUGAAAAUUCCACACGGUCAUUACUACCUCGCUGAUGCCGGAUACACUAAUGGGUCAGGAAUAUUAGCACCUUACAGGGGUCAACGAUACCACAUAAAUAUUUGGAGGCAAGGACACAUGCCCCAGAGCAGGGAGGAGUUCUUCAACAUGAAGCACUCCAAAGCACGAAAUGUCGUUGAGAGAUGCUUUGGAGUGCUGAAGAUGAGAUGGGAAAUUUUGAGAUCUCAUUCUUUCUACCCCAUUAGGACUCAAUGUCGCAUCGUCACAGCCUGUAUCCUCCUCCACAAUCUCAUUAAGCGUACAAUGGAGGUGGAUCCCGUUGAGGCUCAGUACACAGCGUGGGAGCAGGCGAACUUACAUAAUGUACCACCUGAUGACUACAUUAGAACCCUCGAAAGUACAAACCAAUGGACCCAAAUGAGAGAUAACUUGGCAACCCAAAUGUACAACGAUUGGUUAGCUCAUCCUGGGGGUGGCCACUAGGAUAUGUUUAACCGUGUUAUUUAUGUAUUUGAAUCAUAUUUGCUUGUACACUUGUUAAACCUGUGGAAGAAUGGUUGUGUUUAAUUUGUCAAUGUAAUAUUUAGGCCUUUCGUGACUACAAUUCCUAUGUCAUAUUGUGAUUGUUAUU